UUGCUCGAACACAUUGAAUAAAAACACGUGUUUAACUAUUACAGACGCUUUGUUUAAGCCGAGAGACUUGGUGCCCGCGACUGAAUGGCGGCAUCACCUCAGGUGUGAGGGAAUAGGGUCAUGACAUCAUAGCCCCGCCCUCACUCACGUCCCCCUCGGGGUAACUUUUGCAGGCCGGUCACAGUUUGAAGGAGCGCCCUGUAUGUCCCCGGGCUGUGCCCGCUCCGUGCGGCUGCUAAUGUGACCACUGCAAAUGGGCUUGAGUAAGCUGGAUGUUCUGUAUAGGCGGCUGCUCCUUACCAAACUUUUUAUCCGAGGAUGGGGAAAGCCAGAAGAUUUAAAGAGGAUAUUUGAAUUUCGGAAGAUUAUUGGAAACAGAGAAAAAUGUCAGAAUUUGGUGUCAAAUGACUAUCCGGUGCAAAUAGAUAAGGUUGAAGAGCAAACUGACUGUAAGAUAUAUGAUGGCCAUUUUACUUCCCCAUUUGCCCAUUAUGUACCUGAUGUCAUGCCUUCUGAGUCUGUUAUAGCUAGAUUCCAAUUUAUUGUUCCAAAAGAAUGGAAGAGGAAGUACAGACCUGUUUGCAUUCAUCUAGCUGGCACAGGAGACCAUUAUUACUGGAGGAGACGUACAUUAAUGGCUCGUCCCAUGAUUAAAGAGGCUGGUAUGGCUUCCCUGUUGUUAGAAAAUCCAUAUUAUGGCUGCCGAAAACCAAAGGACCAAGUAAGAUCUAGUUUAAAGAAUGUAUCUGAUUUGUUUGUCAUGGGUGGAGCACUGGUCCUGGAGUCCGCUGCCCUUCUACACUGGCUGGAAAGAGAAGGCUAUGGCCCCCUGGGCAUGACAGGAAUUUCAAUGGGAGGCCAUAUGGCUUCUUUAGCUGUUACCAACUGGCCAAAGCCUAUUCCAUUGGUUCCAUGUCUAUCCUGGUCAACUGCUUCAGGAGUCUUUACAACGGGUGUUUUAAGUAAAGCUGUUAAUUGGAGAGAGCUAGAAAAGCAGUACUGCACACAAACAGUCUAUGAAGAGGAAAUUAUACAUCUUCUCGAAUAUUGUGGGACAGAUUCUUUUAAAAUGGGACAGGAUUUUGUAAAAAAUUCCCCAAGGAGCCUUGAUAGCCUGGCCCACUUAAAUCUGGCUUCAGACAUUUUUGACUUUAAAGGUACAAGGGACUCCUUUUCUGCUGAGCCAGUACAGCCUUUCCAUGCUAGCAACAAUGCUAAUGGGCUCAUGUUCCAAAGCGAUUCCAAAAUAUCUAUUAUUGGGCAAGAACCCCCUGGUAAAAAUGUCAUCAGCUCCAACCCAGGAAGCCCACUGGGACUGGGAAGCAUGAGAAAAGAGAACAAGAGGAAUGAAGCUCUGCAGAGGGAAUCAUUUCUGUUCAUGAAAGGGGUGAUGGAUGAAUGCACACAUGUAGGCAACUUUUCAGUACCUGUGGAUCCCAGUUUAAUUAUAGUUGUUCAGGCCAAAGAGGAUGCCUAUGUCCCAAGGACUGGUGUGCGUGGACUUCAUGAAAUCUGGCCAGGGUGUGAGAUAAGAUAUCUUGAAGGAGGUCAUAUUAGUGCCUACCUCUUUAAACAAGGGCUUUUCAGGCAAGCAAUCUAUGAUGCCUUUAAUCGAUAUCUUCAGAAAUACCCAAUGUGAUCUUGUGUGCUAAUGGAAAGUUUAUGCCGUCCUACAUCAGAAGCAUUUUAAGGACCGAAAAGAGGUUGCACAGAGCCUUUCUGACUAGUUUCUACGAACCUCCAUCAGCAAUGCACUACUUGCCAACCGCUGUGGGGGAUUAUACACUGGUAUCAUCAGAAUUUGCUACAGUUAACACAUGCUGUAUGCGUGUGUUUAUGUCUGCUUUAUAUUUUUGUUUUUGUUAAAUCAAAUUUUGAUUUGAUACAAUUGUUUUGCAUUCAUUUUAUUGUGUAUUUGAAACACCUUUUAUUUAAAAAGGUUGAGUGCUCUGAAACUUUGUAACUUUUUUAAUGACUUUUACAUUUUUUACAAUCUAAUGUUCUAAACUAAGUAUUGAAGAUGCCAAGAAAACAUAAUUGUACCCAAAUGGAUAUGAUUUUUUGCACUUUGUUACCCUAGGGUUCAAGUAUAGCUGCAGCUGAGAUUUUGUUUAGUGAGGCAUGAAGUGCCUGGCAAGAGCAAAAAAAGAAAAAAUAUUUAAUAUUGUUUUUGAUUGUCAUUCAAACUUAAAAUAUAUCCUAUUUUACUUGA